AUGUAAUAAAGUAAAUUAAUUUCAAUUAGCACCUAAAAAUUAAAAUUUGUUCCAUAUACAGCUGAAGUAGUUGAGACAUAUCAUAAAUGGAUGUAAGAUCCAGAAAUACUAUAUUUAACAGGAAGUGAACCUUUGACUUUAGAUGAAGAAUAUAAAAAUUAAGAAAGUUGGUUGAAUGAUCCAUUAAAACAUACUUUUAUCAUAAAAAAUGAUAAAGAAAUGAUUGGAGAUGUCAAUUUAUUUUUCCAUUAAUACUUAGAUGAUGAUGAAGCUGAAAUUAAUGUUAUGAUAGGAAAUAAAAAUGCAAGAAGAUAAGGAUAUGCAGAAGAAGCAAUAAAAACAAUGAUGAGUUUUGGAUUAUUAUAAUACAAGAAAACUAAAUAUAUAGCAAAAAUAAAAGAUUCUAAUGAAGGUUCAAUUAAAUUAUUCUUAAAAAUUGGUUAUAAAGAAAUAAAAAAAUUACCAUAAUUUGAAGAAGUACAUUUACAAAUGAUAAUUAAUGCUCCUUUAAUUGAAUAUAUUAAAAUAUGA